CAUAAAAAAUGGGGGUUAAAAUGGUGACUCUCCUUUGGAUGGUGAUUGGUGUAUUGUUCCUGCUGACUGUUGUAACGUCUAAACCGAUGUCUUUGAACACAGCAGCAGAUGAGUCCGACUCUGUUGAAGUAAGCUCCUCUGAAGAAUCUGCAGUUAAAGAGGCUGAAGAGGCUGAAGAAGCGGAGGAAUCGGAUCUCUCAGAGGCGGCUGCGACCGAACCCACCGCCACAGUAGCCCCCAAUAUCGUGGAACCAACCAACCCGCCUGCCACCAUCGCCCUGCCUGCAGCCAUAGACAUCACCUCUUUUCCUUCUGACACCAUGGACCCUCAAACAUCCACGGAUGGAGUGCAGAUGCUUCCGGAAGAACCAUCCCAAUCCUCUCUCGGUGUUGAUGUUUCUCAAGGAGUGCCCGCCACUGACCCUCCCCUCAGUGAUCCCAAUGUUAAGGGCCAGGUUCCGGACCAGCUUUCUCCAAACAUGGACACUGCUGUGGAAGUUGCUACAGAUUUGCCAUCACAAGCCAAACAUGUGCAACAAGAAGGGCAACAAGAAGGGCAACAAGAAGUGCUCCCAAGUGUAGCCACUCCGCAUCCUCAAACUGUUAAGAAGGCUUCUCGUAUGGCUGUGGUUAAACCGGUGCCUGUGUAUGUCAAUCCUGGGGUUCCUGUUUGCUUCACGUUUCAGUAUGCGCAGUAUGCAGUUCCACACUAUGACCAACCAAGAGGAGACAGUUAUUGAAUAUAAUGCUUUUGUUUUUGAAUGUGUAUACUUUUAACUUGACAUUGUUGGGCCCUAUGUGUAUGGUUUUCUAUGACUAGCUCUAUAGGCUAGAGAAGUUGAUCAAUAAAGGUGUAUCCAUGUUCUCAACAAACUAAGUCAUUAGUUUGAUCAUCAUAGUUGUAACUAAAAUGGAAUACUUAAACUGUAUGGAUCAGCUACUGAACCUCACAAAGUGUCAUGUUUGCACAUCCAGUUUGACAUUGUUUGCAUGCGCUUUGAUUUUAAAUAUGCACAGUAUGUCAUUUUUGCAUCUUUUUUUGCAUUGAGUAGAUUUAGGGGACAACUUUCUGCACAGGCUGUGGAGAGGCUAUACAAAAAUAUUUUCCAACCUUUUAAUUAGACUUACUUACUACUAAAUCACCUUAAUUUUGCUUGAUUUAAAUUGAAGAGCCUUUUCAGUCACUGUCAUAUAGACAAUGUAUUGUUUUGAAAAUGUUAAUGUUAUACAUUGUGUGACUGAAAUCAAGUUUUUACAUU